GCUUGUUGUUGGAGAGUGUUUGCCGGAACGGAUGACCAACGCUUUUAUUUACAAAAAGUACAUCACGUAUUGCUAAGUGUGUAUUGAUACAGAGGAUUUCUGCUUAACGUUACCUGUAUUUAUUGUUCCAUUGUUGAACAACAAAAGUGCGGUAACGUUAAUUCAACAAUGGCAGAUGUUACUGCACGUAGCUUGCAGUAUGAGUACAAAGCGGUGAGUAUGAAAUUGAACUAAGUUAGCCAACGUUAGCUUCUUGGAAAUAUGUUCACUGUUUUGUUGCGCCUAGGUAGCUAGUUCGCAGUGUCUAACGUUAGUUAGCGUAGCUGGACACAACCGUGUAACGUUAACUACCAAAACUGACAAAAGUUACGGGUUACUAACCAGCCGCGUUUGCACGACCAGUUACUAGCUAGUUAGCGAGAUAAGUUAACUAACUAGUCUGCUAGCUAGACAGUUGAUUGUCCAAUGUUGGGAAACACGAAUUCCUCAAAAUAAGUAGUUUUUGGGCCUCAGUAACUCUGUAUAAUCAGCCAGCAUAAGAAUAACUUGGUGUAGGCAAGUUUACAUUGCAUUACAGUUCCUCCUUUUAACAUUUGUCUCUUGUCCAAUAAUAGAACUCCAACUUGGUCUUACAAGCGGACCGUUCGCUCAUUGACCGCACAAGGCGUGAUGAGCCCACAGGAGAGGUGCUGUCCCUGGUGGGGAAGCUGGGGGGAACCAAGAUGGGUGACAAGUCCCAGAGGACCAAACCUUCAAUGCUGGAGGAGAGACGGGCAAAGUAACUACAAGUGCCUCUUCAUGUCUAUUUCCUGGUGCAUGUCUGAAUCACUUCUUGACUAACUAACCCAUGUAUGACUCUUCCCUCCACCUUUGUCUUUUAAACUGUGCAGGAGGAGGAAGAGAGAUGAGGACAGGCACGACAUGAACAAGAUGAAGGGCUUCACCCUCCUGUCAGAGGGCAUUGAUGAGAUGGUGGGCAUCGUGUACAAGCCUAAGACCAAGGAGACCAGGGAGACAUAUGAGGUCCUUCUCAGCUUCAUCCAGGCUGCCCUGGGAGAUCAGGUCAGAUAAACAAUCAUUAAGGCACUUGUGCAAUUAUGCGUCUGUCUCAAGAGUCAUUGAUUUGAAAAGUUUGAAGAACACUAUGCAGACAAUAUAUAAUGGUGGAAUUAACAACGUUAUAUUCAAAUCAAUGAUGACUUGAAUAUGCCUGUGAUGUGUAUCUGUCUCUGCAGCCGAGAGAUAUCCUGUGUGGAGCAGCUGACGAGGUGCUGGCUGUGCUGAAGAAUGACAAGAUGAGGGACAAGGAGAGACGGCGUGAAGUGGAGCAGUUACUAGGGCCUGCAGAUGACACACGCUACCACGUGCUGGUCAACCUGGGCAAGAAGAUCAGUGACUACGGGGGUGACAAAGAGCUCCAGAACAUGGGUAAGGAAACAAACACAAUGUUAAAGGAAUGUUUACAUCAUGUUCACUCAACUCGACCAUGCCUUCAUUUCUAGGCUAGUAUUAUGCACUCAAACGAAUACAUUUUUCGCCGUACAGAUGACAACAUUGAUGAAACAUACGGGGUGAAUGUCCAGUUUGAAUCUGAUGAGGAAGAGGGUGAUGAGGACCAGUUUGGGGAGGUGCGAGAUGAUGGCUCAGAUGAAGAGAGUGAAGGAGAGGAAGCAGACUUGGGCUGCACCCUGACGGCCAACGUAAGACCCCUCGUUCACAUGACAACACACACCUGUGUUCAUACUAAACUACUAUGUAUUUUUAAACCGUUGCACUAAUAAACAUGUAUCUCUAUGUUCCCCUGUAGCUUGGUGUGACAGGUGAUGUGAUGACUGCCAAAAAGAAGGAGCUGCACCCUCGUGACAUCGAUGCCUUCUGGCUCCAGCGUCAGCUCAGCCGUUUCUAUGACGAUGCCAUAAUCUCUCAGAAGAAAGCAGAUGAGGUUCUGGAGAUCCUAAAGGUGUGUGUUUAUUUGUUUCAGUGUGUCUGCCUGUGUCUGUGUGGAUACCUUGGUCUCUGACUGUCUCUGUGUUCCACAGACGGCCAGUGAUGACAGAGAAUGUGAGAACCAGCUGGUCUUACUGUUGGGAUUCAACACUUUCGAUUUCAUCAAAAUCCUUCGGCAGCAUCGCCGGAUGAGUGAGUAGCUGUCAUUUUCACAACGGAGACAAUCACAGCUUGCAUUACCAAAUUUGAAACGUCACUCAUAAUCAAUUUCUCUCCUCCUUCACAGUCCAGUACUGUACCAUGUUGGCAAGUGCUCAGAGCGAAGCAGAGAAGGAGAAGAUCAUAGGUAAGAUGGAGGCAGAUCCAGACUUGUCCAAAGUUCUUUACCAGCUGCAGGAGACUGAGAAGGAGGAUAUUAUUAGGGUAAGACGCCAUCUUCAUUGUUGCAUUAAUCACUGGAUAAAUCAUUGUUUCUAUACUGUGCAAUAUAAACUAUAUGGAACAGACUGAAAUACAUAAACAAAUGAUCAGCUAAACAUUUAAUGUUGGUUCCCUUGGUCUCAGACUUGGGCUGCACCCUGACGGCCAACGUAAGACCCCUCGUUCACAUGACAACACACACCUGUGUUCAUACUAAACUACUAUGUAUUUUUAAACCGUUGCACUAAUAAACAUGUAUCUCUAUGUUCCCCUGUAGCUUGGUGUGACAGGUGAUGUGAUGACUGCCAAAAAGAAGGAGCUGCACCCUCGUGACAUCGAUGCCUUCUGGCUCCAGCGUCAGCUCAGCCGUUUCUAUGACGAUGCCAUAAUCUCUCAGAAGAAAGCAGAUGAGGUUCUGGAGAUCCUAAAGGUGUGUGUUUAUUUGUUUCAGUGUGUCUGCCUGUGUCUGUGUGGAUACCUUGGUCUCUGACUGUCUCUGUGUUCCACAGACGGCCAGUGAUGACAGAGAAUGUGAGAACCAGCUGGUCUUACUGUUGGGAUUCAACACUUUCGAUUUCAUCAAAAUCCUUCGGCAGCAUCGCCGGAUGAGUGAGUAGCUGUCAUUUUCACAACGGAGACAAUCACAGCUUGCAUUACCAAAUUUGAAACGUCACUCAUAAUCAAUUUCUCUCCUCCUUCACAGUCCAGUACUGUACCAUGUUGGCAAGUGCUCAGAGCGAAGCAGAGAAGGAGAAGAUCAUAGGUAAGAUGGAGGCAGAUCCAGACUUGUCCAAAGUUCUUUACCAGCUGCAGGAGACUGAGAAGGAGGAUAUUAUUAGGGUAAGACGCCAUCUUCAUUGUUGCAUUAAUCACUGGAUAAAUCAUUGUUUCUAUACUGUGCAAUAUAAACUAUAUGGAACAGACUGAAAUACAUAAACAAAUGAUCAGCUAAACAUUUAAUGUUGGUUCCCUUGGUCUCAAACAAUGGCUGGUGUUCAUGUCUUUAGGAGGAGCGAUCUCGCAGGGAGAGAGUGAGGAAGUCUCGCGUGGACAAUGACUUGGAGUCUAUGGACAUCGACCAUGGAGAGGUGAGGAGGAGAACCAUGAAUAAUGCACUCAUGAAUAUAGCCCGUCAACCCACUGUGUAGUCCACAGGCGAUUUGCGCAUACAUUGCAAACAUGACACACGUUGCAAUGCCGCUCACGCAUUUAAUAUGAAUACAUUGAUGCUAAAUACUAACUUGAAUCAUUUACCCCCUCUCAGACCAUGACCCCUAAACAACUGCUGGACCUGGAGGACCUGGCCUUCACCCAGGGAAGCCACUUCAUGGCCAACAAGAGGUGCCAACUACCAGACGGCUCCUUCCGCAAGCAGCGGAAAGGCUACGAGGAGGUGCACGUUCCUGCCCUCAAGCCCAAGCCCUUCGCUGACGAUGAGGUUUGUGUGUGCGCCUGUGUAUGUGUUUUUUUUACUGUAGUCAGUACUGAGGCUUUUAGCAAGUGAAUGGUCUCGUUUUCAAGAACUGUCAGCCAAGCCUCGUAAUUGAUUAUCUGUGUUAUUAGGUGCUGGUGACCAUUGAGAAGCUUCCCAAGUAUGCCCAGGCAGGUUUCGAAGGGUUCAAAACCCUGAACCGCAUCCAGAGCAAACUGUUCAAGACUGCUAUGGAGACCGACGAGAACCUGCUGGUGUGCGCUCCUACGGUUAGUAAAUAAACCACGGUCAACUAUAAUACUUCUCUCCCAAGACCUCUGCUCAGCAUGCUGUCAUGUUGCAUAUGUUCGAAAGUGCCACUGUCGAACUUUCUUUGUUUUGUUUUCUAAUUUAUCCCUAUGUAUGGUCUCCCUCUGUCUUUUUCCCUGGGUGCCUCCAGGGGGCAGGCAAGACCAACGUGGCCCUGAUGGCAAUGCUGAGGGAGAUCGGCAAGCACAUCAACCUGGACGGAACCAUCAACUUGGACGAUUUCAAGAUAAUUUACGUUGCUCCUAUGCGCUCGCUGGUACAGGAGAUGGUGGGGAGCUUUAGUAAGGUGAGACUUGUUGUCCUUUCUAUGGGGUCAGAACUCAGUGUUAGAUGCUGUCAAGGGUUUGAAUUGCCAAUUAAGCUGUGUUUGUAUAAUAAAUCAUAAUACGGCAUAAUGUCCUGUUGUUUGAUCCGUUUUGCUUGUCUCCCUCCCAGCGUCUGGCCAGUUACGGCAUCACAGUGUCUGAGCUGACAGGAGACCACCAGCUGUGUAAAGAGGAGAUCAACGCCACCCAGGUCAUCGUCUGCACCCCAGAGAAAUGGGACAUCAUCACGCGCAAAGGAGGCGAGCGCACCUACACCCAGCUAGUGCGCCUCAUCAUCAUUGUAAGUACAGACACUCUCAAACAGUCCUCUUGUGGACUUAAUGCAAGAUCCUUUGAGUGUUUAGUCAAACAUCCCAUUACUUUCCCAAGCAUUUACAUUCUUUAACAUUAUUUUUAAAACUGUAGUUCUAAACUCCUUGGGUGUAAGUACUGUGUGUAACUGAGUGUGUCUUAUGGUCAGGAUGAGAUCCAUCUGCUCCAUGACGACCGUGGGCCAGUCCUGGAGUCUCUGGUGGCCAGGACCAUCCGCAACGUGGAGCUGACCCAGGAGGACGUGCGUCUGCUGGGUCUCAGUGCCACCCUGCCCAACUACGAGGACGUGGCCACCUGCCUGCGCGUGGACCCCGCCAAGGGACUCUUCUACUUCGACAACAGGUCAGCCAGGGCUCAGGAAGGAGGGACAAUCUCUCCACACUCUUACUUAUCAUCCUACUUCAGGUUAACAGGUUUUGACUUGUGAGUGGUUGCAUUGUAAGCAGAAGUAUAAUGGUAUUUUCUGUCCUGUAGUUUCCGCCCAGUGCCUCUGGAGCAGACAUACGUGGGCAUCACUGAGAAGAAGGCCAUCAAGCGCUUCCAGAUCAUGAAUGAGAUCGUCUAUGAGAAGAUCAUGGAGCAUGCUGGGAAGAACCAGGUGAGGCCAGCUCAGCCUAGUGCUAUUAUUAUUAAUUUUUUUGUAUUUUACCUCCUGUUUCUCCCCAAUUUCGAUCUUGUCUCAUUGCUGCAACUCCCCAACGGGCUCGGGAGGCGAAGGUCGAGUCAUGCGUCCUCCGAAACAUGACCCGCCAAACCACGCUUCUUAACACCCGCCCGCUUAACCCGGAAGCCAGCCGCACCAUGUUGGAGGAAACACAGUUCAAUUGACGACCUAGGUCAGCCUGCAGGCACCCGGCCAACCACGAGUCGUUAGAGCGCAAUGUGCCAAGUAAAGCCUCCCGAAAGCCUCCCUAACCCGGACGACGCUGGGCCAAUUGAGUUAGUGUUCUUUAACCAUCAUCUGACUCCGCAUUGCGACCAACACAAAACAUGAGCUCUAGAAAAUCCCAAUGUCUGUUUAUCAGAGGAAGAGCAACAGACAGUACCACACAAUCUAGUAUCCCUGUGCUAACUUGUGUCCGUGUUUCUCAGGUGCUGGUGUUUGUCCACUCCAGGAAGGAGACGGGGAAGACGGCCCGGGCCAUCAGGGACAUGUGUCUGGAGAAGGACACUCUGGGGCUGUUCCUGAGGGAGGGCUCGGCCUCCACCGAGGUCCUCAGGACUGAAGCAGAGCAGUGCAAGGUGAGCUCUAAUGAUUCUGACCUGGAGACUGAUUUUAGCUGUCAGUCUAUUUAAACUCUGGAAAUGUCCAGAAUUUUAUGGAUAUCAUUGAAAACCAAAUCUUACCAAAAUCUGAUUAUUUAAAAAAACAUUUCCCUAAACAUUACAUCCAUUUUUUCAUCCCCCAGAACCUUGAGCUGAAGGACUUGCUACCCUACGGUUUUGCCAUCCAUCAUGCUGGUAUGACCAGAGUGGACCGUACCUUGGUAGAAGAUCUCUUUGCUGAUCGCCAUAUCCAGGUAUUUUCUUUGCUCUAAUACAGUCAGUUAUUGUUACAAUGUCACCGGACCUGUUUCACUGAAAGGGCUCUGUCCGUCUGUUUCAGGUGCUGGUGUCCACAGCCACAUUGGCCUGGGGAGUGAAUCUGCCUGCACAUACUGUCAUCAUCAAAGGCACCCAGGUGUACAGCCCAGAGAAAGGCCGAUGGACAGAGCUGGGAGCCCUGGACAUUCUACAGGUUAGUCUGCACUGGCUGGAUUAGACUACUGAGAUACAUACACAGGGCUAGACUUCAUUGUAGCACAGUGUAAUUUCUUAGCUAAAUAAUCCUCAAAGUCUGGCCGUGUUUGUGAGUUUGAAUGACACCUCGCUGUGUUCAGAUGCUUGGUCGAGCCGGGCGUCCUCAGUACGACACCAAGGGAGAGGGCAUCCUGAUCACAUCCCACGGGGAGCUGCAGUACUACCUGUCUCUGCUCAACCAACAGCUGCCCAUCGAGAGCCAGAUGGUGUCCAAGCUGGCGGACAUGCUCAACGCUGAGAUAGUACUGGGCAAUGUGCAGAAUGCUAAGGUGAGCGUAUAACUGGAGUUACACCCCCCCACACACACACACAACUCACCACUAAUAACCAUACAGACAUGCUGUGGUGUGCUGUUGAGACUGCACUUUACCUGUACAGAAACUGGUCAGCUAGAAUCAUUAGUGCUCACUCCUCUCUCGUUGUCUCCUCAUCAGGACGCAGUGAACUGGCUGGGUUACACCUACCUGUACGUGCGUAUGCUCCGUAACCCCACCCUGUACGGGGUCUCCCAUGACGACCGCAGCUCUGACCCCCUGCUGGAGCGCCGCAGGAUGGACCUGAUCCACACUGCAGCCAACGUGCUGGACAAGAACAGCCUGGUAAAGUACGACAAGAGGACCGGCGCCUUCCAGGUACACACCGCUCUACACAUUCUCUGUUUGUCCAGGUUGAUCAAUGCAAUGAUGCUGACCAAUUGAGAACUCUCUUCAAGAUUCUAAGAUGGUGAAAACAAAGAUUAUGUUAUUGAUAUGAAUGAGUCAAAUUGAUGUGCAUGAUGGAUUAUAUUUUGGGCAACAUUUUCGCAUCCCUCCCUGAAGGUUACUGACCUGGGUCGCAUCGCCAGUCACUUCUAUAUAACCCACGACUCCAUCCAGACCUACAACCAGCUGCUGAAGCCCACCCUUAGUGAGAUCGAGCUGUUCCGCGUCUUCUCCCUCUCCUCAGAGUUCAGGAACAUCACUGUCAGAGAGGUAUGCACCACUUUGGGAUACUAUAUCAACUACUAAAGGCCACACAUUUUUGGGGGGGAGCUUUUGGUCGGAUCUACACAAAACUAGUUACUAGUAAAAGGCUACAGAUACAUAAAUGCUCACGUGGGGAUUUAUUUCAGGAAGAGAAGCUGGAGCUGCAGAAGCUGCUGGAGAGAGUUCCCAUUCCAGUGAAGGAGAGCAUUGAGGAGCCCAGUGCCAAGGUAUGCUACAUGUGUCAAUGAUCAGACCUGGGUUCAAAUACUAUUUAGGGUAUUUCAAUUACUUUCAAAGACAUUUGGAAGUAAGUAUUUAGAUGUUUUUUGUUUGUUGAAAAGACAAGCACUUAAAUAUUGGAAUGUAUUUGGAAAUACACAAAUACACUGACUCAAAUACACUCCCAUGCAUUUAACCUAGGUAGUUGAAAUAAGAAGAUACUUUCAAAUAGUAGGCUAUUUAUAGGAAAUCCAAUAGAAGUAGUUGAUUUGGGCCACAUUAUUAGAAAAUACACAGAAAUGAUAUUAAAUGAUCAAAUACAGAUAUAUAUUUGAGCCUAGGUCUAACACUGAUCAAUGAUAUGGUACACCACUGCAGUAUGUAUUACUAUGAACCAGUUCUGAGGUGUGUUCUUAUUAAAGAUCAACGUGCUGCUCCAGGCUUACAUCUCUCAGCUCAAACUGGAGGGCUUUGCUCUGAUGGCUGACAUGGUCUAUGUGACACAGGUAAGCCCAAGUCUGUUUAUUUGAUUUGAUGUAAGUAUGUUACCAGCCUCUGACUAUUAAAGGUAGAAUCCUUAGUUGCAACAUCCAAUUUUGGUAUAAUUAUAUAUACCCAUUGAUUCUUGAAGAAUAUAACUUAUCAAUACCUCAUGAGCUUAGUUCAACUGUUGUACCCCAUCAGAACCCCAAAUAUAAGCUUGUUUUACUCCAAUGAUUGUAAACAGCAUAAAUGUAAACAAACACUGUAUAUCCUCAACAUGGUUAACUAUCAUUUUGAUAUCAUGGAUGGUCAGUCCUUCCAUCCAUAGCUCCAUCUAUGAAUUUGAGUAUGGUUGCAUUUCUCCAGGCCCAUCACUCACCUUUUGACCAAAACAGGCGGGGUGAACGCUUUAUUGUUUCAACUUCUGAUUCUAGCUUCAAUUGUGUCCUUCCUCAGAGUGCUGGAAGACUGAUGCGGGCAAUCUUUGAGAUCGUCCUGAGCAGGGGAUGGGCACAGCUCACAGACAAGACCAUGAACCUCUGCAAGAUGAUUGACAAGAGGAUGUAAGUUAACCGUUGCUGUUUAUUCCUAGUUUUCACUUAUUAACACCUUAGUCUACAGUCCUAGUGAAUUACAUGACGAGGCUAGAAUGAAAUGUGAUGUUUUUCCCUGUGUGAAUGUGUCCCUCCUACACAGGUGGCAGUCCAUGUCUCCUCUGCGUCAGUUCAGGAAACUCCCAGAGGAAGUCAUCAAGAAGAUUGAGAAGAAGAACUUCCCCUUCGAGCGCCUCUAUGACCUCAACCACAAUGAGAUUGGUGAGUCUGCUCUGCAGUCCACUCCAAAUGCCCCACCUCAGACUUGCACCCACUAACACUACAUUCUCAUUGAUUCAUUCCCGGUUGUUGAUGUUGUCAUUAAAGUCCUUCUGUCCCUCAGGUGAGUUGAUCCGCAUGCCCAAGAUGGGGAAGACCAUCCACAAGUACGUGCACCAGUUCCCCAAACUGGACCUGGCCGUCCACCUGCAGCCCAUCACCCGUUCCACACUGAAGGUGGAACUCACCAUCACACCAGACUUCCAGUGGGAUGACAAGGUUAGUGGUUUCUAUAUGUGGAUCUGUUUUAGUACCCUCAAGCUAUAGUAGUUUAACAGGAUUCAGAUUACAUUUGGUCUUUCUUACUGUGUAACACACUGUGGCCAUUACAGGUGCAUGGCUCGUCAGAGGCCUUCUGGAUACUGGUGGAGGAUGUGGACAGUGAGGUCAUCCUACACCACGAGUACUUCCUGCUCAAGGCCAAGUACGCCCAGGACGAGCACCUGGUCACCUUCUUUGUGCCCGUGUUCGAGCCUCUGCCCCCACAGUACUUCAUCCGUGUGGCCUCGGACCACUGGCUGUGUGAGUGACAAUCCUCUGGCUAGCUAUUAUUAGUAAAUGAGUUUUUUUUUUUUUUUUUUUAUAGUUAAGAGCGUUGGGCCAGUAACCGAAGGGUCGCUGGUUCGAGUCCCGGAGCCGACUAGGCAAAAAAAAAAAAUGCCGGCGUGCCCUUGAGCAAGGCACUUAAACCUGUUUUCUCCUGUAAGUCGCUCUGGAUAAGGGCAUCUGCUAAAUAUGUCAAAUGUAGUUAAUUAAACUGUAUAAGAAAAGAUAGAGUUUAGAGGAUGUUCAUUGAAAAUGUAUCUCUCUCUCCUCCUCUCAGCCUGUGAGACCCAGCUGCCGGUGUCUUUCCGCCACCUGAUCCUGCCAGAGAAGUACCCCCCUCCCACUGAGCUGCUGGACCUGCAGCCCCUGCCUGUGACCGCCCUCCGUAAUGCUGCCUUCGAGACCCUCUACCAGAACAAGUUCCCCUUCUUCAACCCCAUCCAGACGCAGGGUAAGACACACUCUGAGACUCUCUUUAAGUGUCACCAUGUAGGGUAACAGUUUCUAACUUCACCCAUCUGACCUCUAAGAUCUAUGUGGCCCAUUCAAUGACUUCGAUCAGGUACAUGCCUCUAUAUCUUUGGUGCUUAAAUUGUGAGUAAACUGUGGUAUUGUCUGUCUUCCUCUAGUGUUCAACGCUGUGUACAAUAGUGACGACAACGUGUUUGUGGGAGCCCCCACCGGCAGUGGGAAGACCAUCUGUGCUGAGUUUGCCAUCCUGAGGAUGCUGCUGCACAACGCAGAGGGACGCUGUGUCUACAUCACACCCAUGGAGGCCCUGGCUGAACAGGUACAGUUAUCAAUAUGGAGUGUUUUCAACUUUAAAAGUUGCUGAAGAAAAGUACCCACCCUCAAAUAUCACAAUUAUAGUUUUAAUCAUGUUUUGAGGCUAUACAUACUUUGUUUACAAACAUUGGAAUAAAACAAGCUUAUAUUUGGGGUUCUGGUGGGGUAUGACAGAUGACGAAUAUAAGUUAUGAGCUUAGUUCAAGAAUCAAUGGGUACAUAUCAUUCAUUUGGAUGUAGCAACUGCAGAUUGCCCCUUUCAACAUAAUGUGGUUUUCAUCUGACUUCUAAUUGUUCACACUGUUACCCAUUCCUUACACCUCCGUUGACCAUCUUCCUUUGUGUGUCUAGGUGUUUGUUGACUGGCACCAGAAGUUCCAGGAUGCUCUGAAUAAGAAGGUGGUGUUGCUGACGGGAGAGACUAGCACUGACCUGAAGCUGCUGGGGAAGGGUGACAUCAUUGUGAGCACCCCGGACAAAUGGGACAUCCUGUCGCGCCGCUGGAAGCAGAGGAAGAACGUCCAAAACGUCAGUCUCUUCAUCGUGGACGAGACUCACCUCAUUGGAGGAGAGAAUGGAGUAAGGCCAUGAAUCCAAACUGAUAAAACCUAUAUAUACACCUGCCUAGUGCUUUGAUUAGAUAGCAACUAUACAAUACUUGUUUGACGUGAAGUAAAAUACAUUGAUAUUCACACUCAUUGUCUUGCUUGCAGCCCGUGUUGGAGGUGAUCUGCUCCAGGAUGAGGUACAUCUCAUCUCAGAUUGAGCGUCCCAUCCGCAUCGUGGCCCUCAGCUCCUCCCUAUCCAACGCCAAAGACGUGGCCCACUGGCUGGGCUGCAGCACCACAGCAACCUUCAACUUCCACCCGAACGUCAGGCCUGUCCCUCUGGAGCUGCACAUCCAGGUCUGAACCAUGAUUUUAAUGUCCUCUCAACAUGUUACAUCAUCAUCAACCUGCCCUUAUCAGAUAUAACACCAGUAAGGAUUUGUCCAUAAAAUAUGUUAUUGUUUGGCUGGGUAAUAUCAUCUUCUCAAUUGAACCUCAUUGUAAUGGCUGUCUCUCUUCAGGGCUUCAAUGUGAGUCACACCCAGACUCGCCUGCUUUCGAUGGCCAAGCCAGUGUACCACGCCAUCAUGAAGCACUCCCCCUCCAAACCGGCCGUGGUGUUCGUCCCGUCCCGCCGACAGACCCGCCUCACCGCCAUCGACAUCCUCACCUUCUGUGCUGCUGACGUGGUCCCUCAGAGGUCAGACCCAUAACCUCACCCUUUAAUCUCUGAGUGGUGCAAGGGGUUAAAACUCUUAAUAGGUAUCCAAUAAUGAUAGGUGUUGUAACCUGAGGUCUCAGAGCAGUAACAGAUGUCCCUAUCUCCCUGUAGGUUCCUGCACUGCACUGAGAAGGACCUGGCUCCCUUCCUGGAGAAGGUGACGGACGGCACCCUGAAGGAGACGCUGGCCAAUGGGGUGGGCUACCUGCACGAGGGCCUGUCCACCACAGAGCGCAGGAUCGUGGAGCAGCUCUUCAACUCAGGUACAACUGGCCACGCCAUUAGACCUGCUGAUGCCUAGUUAGAGGAAUUAUGGGGUGUGGUUGUUAAAUGACAUGCUGUGGCUGGUCCUCUGUCUGCAGGUGCAGUCCAGGUUGUGGUGGCUUCACGCUCCCUCUGCUGGGGCACCAACAUCUCUGCUCACCUGGUUGUUGUCAUGGACACCCAGUACUACAAUGGCAAAAUCCAUGCGUAAGUAGCUACGACACUGGUUUUGGUGAUGACUACAUUUCCAAAUCGUUACCAGUCAGAACCUCCUCCUGCCUCAGGUUGAGUGUGUUAGUGACCAUGUCCUCUCUGUCCCCAGCUAUGUGGACUACCCUAUCUACGAUGUCCUCCAGAUGGUGGGCAAAGCCAACCGGCCACUGCAGGACGAUGAGGGACGCUGUGUCAUCAUGUGUCAGGGUUCCAAAAAGGUACAUUGGCAAUAUCCUCUUUUACUCUCCCUCUCCAUUUUCACUCCCUCUCUGUCUCUCACACUCCAUCAUUCUGUCAUUUAUAACCUACUCUCUUUUUCUCAAAUGUAGGAUUUCUUCAAGAAGUUCCUGUAUGAGCCCCUGCCGGUGGAAUCUCACCUGGACCACUGCAUGCACGACCACUUCAACGCUGAGAUCGUCACCAAGACGGUGGAGAACAAACAGGACGCGGUGGACUACCUGACCUGGACCUUCCUGUACCGUCGCAUGACCCAGAACCCCAACUACUACAACCUGCAGGGUGAGACAGACACUUACAGCAAUCUGACUGCUCUCUACUGUUGACACUCUUACAGAUGGGCUAUAAAGAUGUUGGACGAUAUGCUUUUAAGUUGAAGUUGACUUAUUUUCCAGACAUACAGGAAACUGCCAAAAUAAAGGAAACACCAAUAAAGUGUCUUAAUAGAGCGUUGGGCAACCACGAGCCAGAACAGUUCAAUGCACCUUGGCAUAGAUUCUACAAAUGUCUGGAAAUCUAUUGGAGGGAUGCAACACCAUUCUUUCACGAGAAAUUCCAUCACUUGGUGUUUUGUUAAUGGUGGUGGAAAACGCUUUCUCAGGCACUGCUCCAGAAUCUACCAUAAGUGUUCAGUUGGGUUGAGAUCUGGUGACUGAAACGGCCAUGGCAUAUUGUUUUCAUGCUCAUCAAACAAUUUUGACCACUUGUGCCCUGUGGAUCGGGGCAUUGUCAUCCUAUGGGGGCAUAGCCAUGGCAGCCAAAAUAAUAUCCUGCCCAGCAUUUGUAUACAUGGCUCUAAGCAUGAUGGGAUGUUAAUUGCUUAAUUAACUCAGGAACCACCUGCUUUCAAUAUACUUUGUAUCCCUCAUUUACUUGAGUGUUUGCUUUAUUUAGGCAGUUACCAGUAUAUGUGUAGUCUAAUGUUAAACUGCUGCUCUCCAUCCCUCCCCUGCAGGCAUGUCUCACCGUCACCUAUCAGACCACCUGUCAGAGCUUGUGGAGAACACCCUGCAUGAUCUGGAGCAGUCCAAGUGCAUCAGCAUCGAGGAUGAGAUGGACGUGGCACCGCUUAACUUGGGCAUGAUCGCUGCCUACUACUAUAUCAACUACACCACCAUUGGUGAGAACUACCACAACCAACUAUCACUAAAUAUGGCUGUAUCAGUCACAUCACCUAUACUGUGAACCACCGCAUAGACUAAACAACUGUUGAAAUAGAAUACAUCCAUCAUUGAGUUUAUAACGUGUUGCUAGGUACAACAAUUGUGGCGUUACUGACAUAUUUUAUUUGUGUUUGUAUCAGAGUUGUUCAGCAUGUCCCUGAAUGCCAAGACCAAGAUCCGUGGAUUGAUUGAGAUCAUCUCCAAUGCUGCCGAGUACAAGAACAUCCCCAUCAGACACCAUGAGGACAACCUGCUCAGACAGGUAAACAUACUAAUGCACAUCAAUAAUCAUAAUAUGAAUUUAUAACCCACUCAAAUACCCAUGUAGAACUGGAGGAAAUGGAAAGUGUGAAUUCAUUGCUCACAAAUACUCAUCCGGAAACACUUGUCAUUAAUCAAGUUAUAUAUGUGGUAUUUUCAGCUGGCCCAAAAGGUGCCACACAAACUGAACAACCCCAAGUUCAACGACCCCCACGUGAAGACCAACCUGCUGCUGCAGGCUCACUUGUCCAGGAUGCAGCUGAGCGCUGAGCUCCAGUCAGACACAGAGGAGAUCCUCAGCAAGGUGAGGAGGACCAGCUAACAGCUCCCUGAAUGAGAUAUUAAUAGAUACUUGGUUGGAAUCUUAGCUGUGGUAAAUGGAAUCUGUAGAGCAGUAAAGUAGUCUGCAUAUAUUAUGACAACAUUUUGUGACGUUUUGGACUUAAUUUAGCUGUUCGGGCACACUAAAUGUUUUCUUGAGGCAAGCCGAAGUCUAUGACCCCCCGUUGGCGAUUGGUCAACAGUAGGGAUUCUUCAAUGAAGUGCCUGUUGUCAUUCAACGAGAGACAACUCGUCCUCAUGCAAAAAAAAAUACUUGAGAAAUACUGCACCAAACAUCCUAGUCAGAUGCAAAAUUGCGCAACUAAGAUCUCUGCAAAAACGUGUAAAUGAAUUACAGAUACCUUGAGUUCUCUUUCUGACUUUUGAGGAUGUGUAUACUGGCUAUGGCAGGAAUCAUCAACUAGAUUCAGCCGCGGGCCGAUAUAUUUUCUUAAGCGGAUGGUUGGGGGGCCAGAACAUUAUUACAAAUAAUCUGUAGACUGCAAAUUGACCGCAAGAAUCCCAAACAUAUAUAAUAUUUGACUAAAACAUCAAUUUUAAACCUUGCUUACAUUUGUAUAUGAUCACGUGUCUCUCUAUUAUGCAUGGGAAUACUUGGGAAUAGAUUUCCCAAAUUAAAAUCACUUGGAGCUGAUUUCCUGGUGUUUUAUACAGUGUAUUCAGACCCCUUCCCUUUUCCCACAUUUUGUUACGUUACAGCCUUAUUCUAAAAUUGAUUAAAAUAAUUUUCCCCCUCAUCAAUCUACACACAAUACCCCAUUAUGACUAAGCGAAAACAGGUUUUUAGAAAUGUUUGCAAAUGUAUAUAAAAAAUAAAAAACAGAAAUACCUAAUUUGCAUAAGUAUUCAGACCUUUUGCCAUGAGACUCAAGAUUGAGCUCAGGUGCAUCCUGUUUCCAUUGGUCAUCCUUGAGAUGUGGGGAAGGGUACCAAAACAUUUCUGCAGCAUUGAAGGUCCAAGAACACAGUGACCUCCGUCAUUCUUAAAUGGAAGAAGUUUGGAACCACCAAGACUGAGAAAUCGGGGGAGAAGGCCUUGGUCAGGGAGGUGACCAAGAACCCGAUGGUCACUCUGACAGAGCUCCAGAGUUCCUCUGUGGAGAUGUGAGAACCCUCCAGAAGGACAACCAUCUCUGCAGCACUCCACCGAUCAGGCCUUUAUGGGAGAGUGGCCAGGCGGAAGCCACUCCUCAGUAAAAGGCACAUGACAGCCCGCUUGGAGUUUGCCAAACGGCACCUAAAGGACUCUCAGACCAUGAGAAACAAGAUUCUCUGGUUUGAUGAAACCAAGAUUGAACUCUUUGGCCUGAAUGCCAAGUGUCACGUCUGGAGGAAACCUGGCACUAUCCCUACGGUGAAGCAUGUUAGUGGCAGCAUCAUGCUGUGGGGAUGUUUUUCAGCGACAGGGACACGGAGAGACUAGUCAGGAUCGAGGGAAAGGUGAACGGAGCAAAAUACAGAGAGAUCCUUGAUGAAAACCUGCUCCAGAGAGCUCAGGACCUCCGACUGGGGCGAAGGUUCACCUUCCAACAGGACAACGACCCUAAGCACACAGCCAAGAAAACGCAGGAGUGGACAUUCAAACAGUGCAGCAACGCUCCCCAUCCAACCUGACAGAGCUUGAGUGGAUAUGCAGAGAAGAAUGGAAGAAACUCCACAAAUACAGGUGUGCCAAGCUUGUAGCGUCAUACCCAAGAAGACUUGAGGCUGUAAUCGCUGCCAAAGGUGCUUCAACAAAGUACUGCGUAAAGGGUCUGAAUACUUAUGUAAAUGUGAUAUUUAAAUUGUUUUAUUUAGUAUAAAUUAGCAAACAAAUUGCUUUGUCAUUAUGGGGUACUGUGUGUAGAUUGAUGAGGGGAAAAAAUACAAUCUAAUCAAUUUUAGAAUAAGGCUGUAAUGUAACAAAAUGUCAAAAGUCAAGGUCUGAAUUCUUUCUGAGUGCACUGUAUGUCCCAAAAACAAUAUUAUUUUUUUGCUCAGAAAACUUGUGGGGCCAAAUAGGCUGCCAGUUGGGUAACCCUGGCUACGGGUUCUCAAAAUGGACAAACAGUACUAUUGCCGCUUUGUUCUCGUUUUUUUAAGGGACUAUGCGAGCACACUCGUUUGGUUCGGCUCGGCGCCAGCCGAACUGAAGAAUGCUGACCCCUUAAGACUGGUAUGACCUAGUGUUGAACUCAUUGUGCUAGUUUUAAAAAUCUGUGUAUGGUUGUGUCUUGUCCAGGCUGUGCGUCUGAUCCAGGCCUGUGUAGAUGUGCUGUCCAGUAACGGCUGGCUGAGCCCUGCGCUGGCUGCUAUGGAGCUGGCUCAGAUGGUCACCCAGGCCAUGUGGUCCAAGGACUCCUACCUCAAACAGCUGCCUUACUUCACCUCAGAGCACAUAAAACGCUGCACAGACAAGGUAACACAUCCACUACUGCCUGUUAUUCUAUCCAUUUGUAACCCUUUCAUUUACCAGACAAGGGAUGGCCAUCUUGCUCGGGUGUGUAUCUUGAAGCUGAUCUCUCAAUGUAUUUCUCAGGGUGUGGAGAGUAUCUUUGACAUCAUGGAGAUGGAGGACGAGGAUCGUAGUGGGCUGCUGCAGCUCUCAGACACCCAGAUAGCUGACGUGGCUCGCUUCUGUAACCGCUACCCCAACAUUGAACUGUCUUACGAGGUGGCAGAGAAGGAGAACAUCAAGAGGUGAUUUAAAUGGGGGCUGUUAUAGGUAUAGGGGAUCGUUGUGGGGAAAUAGCUUGACCAAAUAUAAAGACAUCAGUACCACAGGAAACUGUCCCUUUGCUUAGGGGUUUGAUAAUGAUAAUGUUUUUACUAGUUACUACUACUGCCCAGUGAAUCUAUAGAACAUUGAGAAUGAGAGAGAAACGGAGUAGGUGAAGGUGUCUGAUCAUAUCUUUGUGUUCACAGUGGAGGUCCAGUUUUGGUUCUGGUCCAGUUGGAGAGAGAAGAGGAGGUGACUGGGCCCGUUAUUGCCCCACUCUUCCCCCAAGUACGUAUCAUCCCCACCAGCUUGUGUCAGAACUCCACUACUGAUUCGUUCAAAAAGCCCAAACUCAACAAUGGCCAUGUUUAACAUUUGAUUGUUCUGUUAUUGUUCCAGAAACGUGAGGAGGGCUGGUGGGUGGUGAUUGGAGACCCCAAGUCCAACAGCCUGAUCUCUAUCAAGAGGCUGACCCUGCAGCAGAAGGCCAAGGUCAGUUAAAUACCACAUCAAUCUGAUCUUGUGGAGCCAAUGAAUAACUGCAGCAACUGUAUAUAUUUGAAAGUUCCCUACAUACAGUGCAAAAUUGUUGCAAAUGGCUUGUAGGUGUAAAAACAAAGUACAAAAAUAAUCUUAAAGGUGAAUGCCCUCUGUCAGCAUUGCUUGGCCUCACUCUGUGCCCUUUUCUCCCACUGCAGGUGAAGCUGGACUUUGUUGCACCAGUGCUGGGCGUUCACAACUACACACUAUACUUCAUGAGCGAUGCCUACAUGGGCUGUGAUCAGGAGUAUAAGUUCAGUGUGGACGUGAAGGAGGCAGAAAGCGAUGGAGACAGUGACUCAGACUAAUCAGGGAUUUAUAGAUGGAAAGGAGUCAUUUCUCAAUCCAUACUGGGAUCAGUAGGGAUUGUUGGUUUUGCUUUAGA